AUGCUUCUUCUUUUCAUCCACGUUCUAUUGGCGUUGUUGUCUGAGAAUAAUUUUGUAGGUGCCUCUCUUAGAGGUAUUGCAAAGCCAAACUGCCCAACAGAUUGCGGGAAUUUAAAAGUUCCCUACCCAUUUGGAAUGGGUAAAGGGUGUGCCUUAGACGAGUCAUUUGAGCUCAUCUGCAACUCCACUUUUAAUCCCCCAAAGCUUUUUAUCAGGUCUGGAAACAUUCAGAUAUACAAUAUCUCGGAUUCCGAGAUCAGCAUUUUCAAUUCUGUUGCUUACUCUUGCUACAACGAAUCUGGGAGUUCUGAUAGUGUUAAUUCGAUUACAUCAUUUGAGGAGACAAGCCCGUUUACGUUUUCGUCAAUUAACAAAUUUACUGUCAUUGGAUGCGAUAAUUAUGCUUGGAUCAGAGGACUGCAUGGAUCCGACUACAUGACUGGCUGUAUGGGCAUAUGUACCAACGUAAGUAAUGUGCUCAAGAAUGGUAAGUGCUCUGGAGUUGGGUGUUGUCAGACACCAAUACAAAAGGGUCUCAAGGGUGUCAAUAUAACAAUUGGCUCCUUUGAUAACCAUAUGAAUGUACGGCCCUUCAAUCCUUGCGGUUUUGCAUUUCUUGCUGAGGAAAACCACUUUCGCUUUGGUGGUGCACGUGAUUUGUCUCGUGCUUCAAAGCUUUAUUUAGAUUCACAUGUCCACAUCCUGGUGGAUUGGGUAAUUGGACGAGGCAAGCGGAAUUGCUCACAGGCUACAGAAUGCAAGGCAAAUAGCUUCUGCACGGACGAUGAAGAACUUGGUGGAUAUCGCUGCAGCUGCAACAAAGGUUACCAGGGCAAUCCUUAUCUUCUUAAUGGCUGCCAAGACAUCAACGAGUGCGAGGAUAAUAGCACCUAUCCUUGUUAUGGAAGAUGCUCUAAUAGUCCCGGGAAUUACAGUUGUACAUGUUUGCAAGGAUACGAAGGUGAAGCAAAAGAAAAAUACGGCUGCCGACCGGUUGCUAAAAAAUCAAAAUUUCCAGUGGUGGUGUUCUCUAUCGUUUUGGUUGGGGUUAUGUUGACAUUAGCUGGGAUCACUGGGAUAUUCUUUAGCAUCAAGAAGAGGAAACUUAUGAAGCUACGAGAGAAGUAUUUUGAGCAAAACGGUGGUGUGUUGCUCAAACAAAAACUGAAUUCGCAAGAGGCUGCUUACACCGUGACUGUAUAUAGCAUGGAACAGCUUCGAAAAGCCACAGAUAACUAUUCAAACGAGCGAAUUGUAGGGAGGGGAGGUUUUGGCAUUGUUUAUAAAGGAAUUAUGCCGGAUAAACGCGUUGUUGCAGUUAAGAAGUCCCUUUCAGUGGGUGAGACCGAAAAGGAACAGUUCAUAAACGAGAUAUUGGUAAUAACACAAAUCAUACAUGGAAAUGUCGUCAAACUAUUGGGUUGUUGUUUUGAAGAGGAAGUACCGGUAUUAGUGUAUGAGUUCAUUCCCAAUAACACACUUUUCCAUCACAUUCAUAAUGAAGAGGGUGGAACGAGUUGGUUAUCAUGGGAGAAUCGGUUGAGGGUCGCUGCGGAAGCUGCAUCUGCACUUGCGUACCUUCAUUCUCAUGCCACCACCCCCGUCAUACACAGAGAUGUCAAGUCCUCAAAUAUAUUAUUAGACGAUGAGUUCAGAGCGAAAUUUUCGGACUUUGGUAUUUCCAAGUUGUUUUCUAAAAAAGAAGAAAACGUCAACACUGUUGUCCAGGGCACACUUGGGUACUUGGAUCCCGAGUACCAAGACACAGACAAUUUAAACGAAAAGAGUGACGUAUACAGCUUUGGGGUGGUUCUUGCAGAACUAAUCACCGGUAAAAAACCCCUUCUUGUAGAGAGAGUCUACCAAGAGAGGUACUUGUCAAAGUAUUUUGUCAAGUGCAUGGGUGAAGGAAACCUCCUACAAAUGGUGGAACCACGCUUACUUAAUGAAGCGGGUAUUGACCUUCAACAUUUAAAUGCUGCAGCACAGCUUGCCAACAGGUGCUUGGAAAUAUCUGGUGUUAACAGGCCGACAAUGAGGUCUGUUGAACUUGAGCUUGAAGCUUUAAGGAGGCCCACUACGACACAUCCCAUUGUUCCACCUGAACAGGUCGCCCAUGAAGAAAUUUCUGGAUCCGUGAAUCCAGAAAUUCAGCCAGCUGAUUGA